CGUGUGGAGCCACAGUAUCGGGGUGAUCCCGCUCUCCUCCCUUCCUCACAUCACUCCCUUGACAGUUGCCCACAAUAACCGGCGGUGUUGCAGCAUCCGACUGAUCUCAGAGAGAGAGGGAGAGAGAGAGAGGGGGAGAGAGAGAGAGAGAGAGAGAGAGAGAGAGAGAGAGAGAGAGAGGAAGAGAGAGAGGGGGAUGUGCGACCGUGUUUGACUUUAUUCGCUCCCGAGGACGCGUUUCGCUCUUCUCUCUUCCCCCCGGAUCUCGGUCUCCGGACGGCGGGCUGCGGCUGCGUGAUGCUCCGAAGAACCAGUGACUAAUAGCAGCACCUCUGCACGGUGACCACCAACUGAUGCUGGGAUCCCUACAUGAAUGAGAAGGGUCAUUCUCAGGGAGGCCGAUGACCACGGGCGUUUGAACACAUGCGCACACGGAGAGGACCACAUUCCGCUGUCCCAACUGUGGAUCUCACGCUGAAUGAACUUGGCUGGUAUCAUGGAAGAAGAGGAUGAAUCACAUAACACCCGGCUCCUUACUGCUGCCUCAGCAUGGAAGGCUUUGACUGGUCAAUGGGGAUUACAGAUUUAUAACUAACACAGAGGAGAGAGGAGAGCAGAGCCGCUGCCUGCUGCUGUCAUAUGACACACAUCCACACAUGUAAGAGCAGGGCCAGCCACAAAAAGGCAUGUUUCUAUGGAUACCCCUGCCCUGGGUAACCUGAGAUGAGAGGUGCAUUGCUACAGCAGACUACACUUUAUCAAAUAACAGAGAGAUACCACCGUGUGUCGAGAGGAAAAUGUUUAAGGAAAAACCUUUUUUGUUGUUGUAACUUUACAGUCGUUGCACUAAGCACCCCAAAUGCUGUCAUGUGAUUCCCAGUGGAUUCUCAGCUUGCUCCAUGAAAGGCUGAGGAAUCUACCCGCGCCCACAAAGGACAGGAAGACGAUGCACAGAGACGCUACCUGGGCUCGAAGGAAAUAGCUUAUUUUUUUAAAAACGUACUUGCUAUAUUUAGUUCAGCUGGAAAUAAUCUGCCCUAAAUCUGAAUAAACAAAGCCAUCGAGAGAAAAUGUAUUCUUUAGUGGAUGCUGUGGAAUCACCAGAUGUGUGUGACAGCGUUCGACAACAACAAAGCACGUUUGAUCUACACAUUGUGGGGAUCCGUCGAGCUUGAGGUACCUGGUCCGUCCCCAACCCUUUCACACCGAGCCAUCAUGGCCAGCAGACAGGACAGCGCCGUCUUCCUUCACGGCUUUGACCUGGGCGGUCACUUUGUUGACCUUCGACCCCUCGGCACCGGUGUCACCGGCGUGGUUCUCUCCGCCGUUGACCGGCGCACCGGGCGGCGCGUGGCGAUCAAAAAGCUGGCCAUGCGGGACGCGGUGACGGCGAAACACGCCCUGCGCGAGGUCAAGAUCACCCGCCGGCUGCGCCACGAAAACGUGGUGAGUGUCCACGAGGUCUUGGCGCCGCACGGAGAGCCGCUCCCCGGCGACCCCAGCCAGCUGAGUGCCCUGUACAUCGUCCAGGAGUGCAUGGAGACAGACCUGGCUCGCCUGCUGGAACAAGGGCCGCUGACCACAGGUCACGCCACUCUGCUGUUCUACCAGCUGCUGAGGGGACUGAAGUUCAUCCACUCGGCUAACGUCCUGCACAGAGAUCUGAAGCCUGCCAACAUAUUCGUCAACACAGAUCAACUGCUACUCAAGGUUGGAGACUUCGGCCUGGCCAGGAUAGUCGACCCGCAUUAUUCUCAUAAGGGCUACCUGUCUGAGGGUCUGGUAACUAAGUGGUAUUGUUCUCCCCGUCUGCUCCUGUCCCCAAACAACUAUACCAAGGCUAUCGACAUGUGGGCUGCUGGCUGCAUACUGGCUGAGAUGCUCACUGGACGCAUGCUAUUUGCAGGAGGUCAUGAGCUGGAGCAGAUGCAGCUAAUUCUGGACACAGUGCCGGUGUUGAGAGAAGAGGACAGAGAGGACCUGCUACAGGUGAUGCCUUCAUAUGUCAGUCAUGGAUGGAGAGUGAAGAAACCCUUUUCUGAAUUGCUGCCUGAAUUGAAUGCUCAAGCCGUGGAUUUCCUUGAGCGCAUCCUGACCUUUAACCCCAUGGAUCGGCUGACAGCCGAAGCGGCGCUAUCCCACCCGUUCCUCCGGGAGUACUCCUGCCCAGAUGACGAACCCACCUCAUCGCAUCCGUUCCGCAUCGAGGAUGAACUGGAGGAAAGCCUGGUCACCGGGCGGAGCCUCAGCGACAGCAACAGUCAGGCCUCCAGCGUCCGUUGGGAGAGGUACAAGAACAGCUUGUCGACAGACGUGUCCUGGCAGCUGUCAAUAGAGAGGUGUCGCUGCAUGCCCACUGGCCUCGUGACGUCGGACCUGGGAGACACCACGGAGGAGGAAGAGGAGGUGCAGAGAGAUCCCCGGGCCGGUACCACCUCACUGUCAGAGGAGGCGCAGGUCGACCCGCGCAAGUAUUCCCACAGCUGCUCUGCUGAACGCUUCCUGGGAAACUCUCACUCCUCCCUGGAACGGGCCUGUGGUUUGGCUCACGGGGAACUGGACUGUGGGCGCUCCUGCGACUACAAAGUGGGCUCCCCCUCGUAUCUGGAUAAAAUUGCGUGGAGGGAGGGCAAGCCUCAGCACUACUCGGAGCCUAAGCUGAUCCUGGAUCUGUCCCAUUGGAAGCGCAACACCAGCCGCCUCCCAGUCCCCGCCGAGCCCGGUGAGGAAGAGACAAGAGAGGAGGAAGUAGAAGAGGAGGAGGAAGAGGGAGGGACAGGGGAUUUAUUCCAGGAGAUCUCUCGCUGGGUUGAGAGCACCCAGUCCCGCCUGCACUCGCCCAGUCCCAGUCCUUCUUUGGAGCCGCGCUUACCCUCCUGCUUCACCUCCUCUCCACCUCUCCCCAUCUCCCCGACAGACCUCCCGGCUCCGGUCUUCCGCUACGCGCAGGUUGUGCGACGAGCGUCAGACGAAGACAGUGAACGCAGGCUGAGUCCACUCCGACCGGCCGCGUCUCCCUGUGACUCCCUUCCCUCGCUUCUGCCCUCAUCUCCCACCUUUCCGCUUCCUCCUCGGUCACCUCAAACAGCGUCUCCCCCCGUCUCGCCACUUUGUCCUUCUCCAGAACCCCUCUCCUCUACUUGCGCCGUUGCCCUGCCAGUGAACGACGACUCCUCGGAAUCACUCCCUGUCCAGCAAAGAGAGCGUCUGUUCGACCUGGAUGUUUUCAUCUCGCGAGCACUGAAACUGUGCCGGCAGAAUAAGGAGAAAGCAGAGGGGAAGAGAGGAAGGGAUGGAGGAUGGAGAGAAGAGGGCCAACAGCCAAAUAUCAAUCGCAAGGUGCCCAGGCUUCCGGAGCACAGGACUCCUCCACCGCAGACUCCCAACUCUUGAUGUUGAAUUUCAACUGCAGCAUCACCACUGUGCAUCUUCUGAAUGGGUAGUACUUCCAAAUGCUCGGAGUGCUUUAGGGGUUGGAUACGGUUGAAUGUGCUGCUUAAACAUCAGAACUUAGUGUUAGCAGUCUUUUUUUGUUACUUUUGCAAUGACACGCCACAUGCUGUGUCUGAGAAAUGGCUCCAAACCCAACAAUCCUGUAGCCUUAUAAAGAAGUGCUCCCAUGCAAUAUGAGGUUCAGAAAGCAUUUGGAUUGAAUAUCAUCAAUGAUGCUGUUUGUUCUAAAUACAAACAUUUACAAAUCCUUUUACAAUCAAUGAUCAUGGUAUUGUGAUUUGCGUUCAUUUGGCAAGUCGAAGGUGUCAGACCACAUGACCUGAUAGCUUCUUAUUUUGUGACACAAACAUCAGCUUAUCUGAACUUGUUUGUAAAGGCUAUUUUGGAGUGCAUAACAAAUUGUAAUAGCAUCUUAGUUUGUUUGAGGUUUGCGUCCCUUGCUGUGUGUCAGUUAGUCAGGUAUCAUUUUGAAAUAUCAGACAGUCUUCCAAUUGUGACGUUCAGCGGUCAAUGGUAAUGACACGGAAAAUGCUUUCAACUAAUAUCUCUGAAUGUAUAAACCAAGAACAAAGUGAAAUAUACUGCCCGGUGAACUGUAAGGAUUUUAUCUGUUGCUAUUUUAACAGUCUUUUUACAACAGCGACGGGCGUUGUAAACUUGUAUAAAACUGUUUAAUUUCCCAAAUAUUUCCCAGAGGAUUCAUGCUAUUGUGUUUUAGUACUUUUUGCUGAAUGUUAGAAUACUGUUUCUGUUUAUUUGGAGUUGUAUAUUGUUACAAUGUGGAAUAUCGUACAAUAGUACUUCAUUUCAUAUCCUGUAAUCAUCAUCUGCUUUACACUUUACACGUGAAAAUAUGCUACAGUAGAGUCAGAUUUAUGACUACUUUGCUCACUUAAAUGUUAUCAAAUGUUUAUUAGUCACAACAGAAAAAGAUGAAGUAGAUGCUCCACAAGCUCUUUAGGAAAUUAAUUUUACUCAAAACUCAAUGCUGCCUGGUUACCAUAUUAAUAUAUGGUAAAGGAAAUAACCAAAACCUGUAUUUUUACAUAGUUUUCUAUCAGCGUGGAAGACAGUGGACUCCCAGCAUGGUAUUGAUUUGAACAUGUGAUGUCUACCCUUCAAUCAGGUAAAAGAUACAGUCAGUUUUGAGCAGAUGUACGCUGUAAAGGCUUGUGCCUUGUAUUCUCUCAGUCAAGUCCAUCUGACAUGCACUUCACUCCUCACACUAAGAACUGAUGGCAAGGAUUUGGAAACAACAUGAAAAACUGAAAAAGAUUCAUCGAUAACUGCAGCAGUGCCAAAAAGAAAAACUGUGUCCCAUAUUAUUUUGCCUUGAAGAAAUAGGCUUCCACCAGCCCCGGUUUCACGGUUUGACAUGUGCGUGUAAGCAGUCCAAGUCCAGUGGAAGGGACUCAUGUUGAUCUCAAACCGUUGACUCCAUGCAUAUUUGCACUGUCGAUUGAUAACAAUACAAACUAUAGCAAAGCCAGGUAUAUUCUUUCGGUUCCCAACAGACAUGAAGCACAUUAAAGUCACCUGCACAUCCAGAGUUUUUCCCAAGCACCAACUGAAACUUUUUCAAAAAUAAUUAUUUCUUUCGAUAAUGUCUUUAGAUUAAAUAAUCUCUAAGGUACUGACCAUACUUGAGCUGGUGUGCUGGACUAACUGAUAAAAGUGUUAAAGUUAGGAUCCAUGGCGUUUCUUUAUCUAUAGGAAUGGAUAAAAGAUGAACCACUGGGUAGAUUUGUCUUUUUUUAGUUGUACAGUUUACUCUGCAGGUAACCUAAGCCAGCAAUAACAUCAUUGACAAACAACACAAGCGUAAUGCACGUGGUGAUUUUCUUUAAGUGUGUGAAGCAAUGUAUAAAAUGUGCCUCAGUCUCCCUCAAUGCUUCCAGCUUGCUGAAUGUAAUCCUCUCCCCUCUGCAUGGCUUUCCAAAAAAAAUUAAAUAACGUACACUUUUGUUCUCAUUACAGGUCACUUCUUUUGAUUAGUAUUUAUUUAGGCUCUUAUCUAUUUUGUACUAGUGGGGUCCAUUAACCUUUUACUUGAGAAAAGCUUUGAGGUUCUUUGCUCAAUAUUGAUUGAUACUAUGUCUGUUUGUUUGUGUUUUUGUUGAAUAAUCAAUAAAACAUUAC